AUGCACUAUCUGGACGACGAGUUCCCUCUUCAGUUUCCAUUUCACGAGACUGUGCAUCUCGGAAAGCGAGAAUGGCUAUUAACCAUACUAAGCUCGACCAAGGCCGUGUAUUAUGCCACGUUGAGUCUUAGCUUGCUUCACAAAGAAGCCUGUUCGGAUACAAGUGGAAGGGAACGGGGAUUAAUAUGGCGGGAUGAGAAAACGCGAUACUUUAUACUGGCGCUGCGAGAAUCACAACAACUGCAGCAGCAAUUACAAUCCGGAAGAAGUAAAGAUGGCCUAGAGGCCCUUGUCAAAGCACUGGCCAACACCGUUCAGCUGAUCAGCUUUGAGCACCACACGGGCCUCAUUCAAACAGAGCAGGUGAUUGGCUGCAAGAACUGGGUGGUGUCUGCGAUCCUGGCAGUGGGGAUUCUGGACCAGUGGAAGCGAAAGGAGCAGAUAAAUGACAGGCUGAGCAUGAAAGCGCUCACACGACGGGCCAUAGCAGUUGAGAUGCUUCUAGAGGACGGAAUUAAGGGGUCCGGCGGUGGUGGGGUUGUGGACAUUGUUACCAGCAUCUACGCGACCUCAACGCUGACAUACCUGCAUUCUGUAGUAUCAGGCCUUAAUCCAUAUCUGCUAGAAAUCCAGGACAGCGUGUCUCGGAACAUGGCCUUGUUCAAGCAAUGGGGAUUGUCUCCAGUCUACUUUGGCCAUAGUGCAUUACCGGAUGCAUGGCGUCCCCAGACCGAGGAGGAUGGUUUACAGACCUAA